CGGUCACGUGCGGCAGCCUCCUCCCGCGGCCGCGUCUGUCCCUCCGCGGAAGCCGUAGCGGUGCCGGUGUGGGGAGCGAGCAGUCGGCAUGUUCCGCAUCGAGGGGCUGGGGCCCAAGAUGGACCCGGAGGAGCUGAAGCGAAAGAUGCGCCGCGAUGUCCUCACCUCUGUCCGCAAUUUCCUCAUCUACGUCGCGCUGCUGCGGAUCACUCCUUUCAUUCUGAAGAAGCUGGACAGUAUAUGAACACCUACGAAGUCUCUGUAUACAAGAACAUGAAAUGGACUGUAGCUGCUUUCCUGUUAGUUAAACAUUGUGCCAGAGGAAGACAUCCAAUACUAAAUGGUUCUGAAGUGUGUCACUUAAGUGUGCCUGACCUUGGAUUGAUAACCUGGGUAGGAGUAUGGGGAAGAUGUCUGUUGUCCCUGCAGAUGCCAGGUGCCCUGUUGAUGUGAUUUCUGAUUGCUCCCUCCUGUCAUCAAGCAGUGACUUGUGAUGGAACAUUUCUUGUACUGUUAAAAAAGUCCGUCUCCAUUUUGUACAAAGUGUUAAAUGCUAGCAAGUUGUUUUGUUGUGCAGCUACCUCUAAAUUGCCACAUGCUAUGGCUGUCAAUCUUACCAAACCUGUCUGUGAGAAAAAAACCUUUAAUGAAUCAAGUUUGAUUUGAAAUAAAUGGAAGAGCAGCUGUGUCACUUAA